UUAAAUAACUUUACCAAUAAUUCUCAACCCUUUCUGCGACUGCGAUUAUGCUUCCUUCUUUCGUUCAACGUUCCCAAUAAUCCCAGCAGUGCACCUCGCCGUUCAGUUCCAAUCUCUUCACUUCGUUGAAAGUUUGUGAGUACAAAUCUACAAUUCACAGAGUGGAGUUGCAUUUGUGAUUGCGGUUUCAAAUAAUCUCUUGAUCUGCUGUUCAUAGACGCUUUUGAGUGGGACUUCGGAAGCUAAUAAAGCCAAGAACAUGGGAAGCAGACUCGGGAGAAGAGUUGUUCACUUCGCAAAUCUUCCAAUCAAGCUUCUUAUGCCUACAUCCUUCACCAACAUCACUGAAAUUGCUCUUAAAACCAUUCCUUCUGCUUCCAAAAUCGAAAUCAAGCGCGUCCUUGAGAGCCUUUACGGCUUUGAGGUCGAUAAAGUUCGAACUCUCAACAUGGAGGGGAAGAAAAAGAAGCGCGGAGGGCUUUUGAUUGCAAAGCCUGAUUACAAGAAGGCUUACGUUACUCUCAGGAAUCCCUUGUCAAUCUCUCCGGACGUGUAUCCGAUCCGGAUUAUAGAGGAGGACAAGAAGAAUAUGAAUAAACAGUCUAAGUCCAGCAUUGUUGAGGAGGGCGAGGCCAAGAGGCAUUGGCUGCAUGAGAAAGAGCCUGUAGGAUUAAAAACUUACAAGGGUUUUGCUGAUAGAGGCCGCCGACUAAUUGGAGGUGCUGAAACUGUUGAACUAUCGACUAAGUUUCCUUGGAGUAGCAUGAGGUCUGGUAGGUAGUGUGAAGAAACGUAUCCCAGUUACUUCCUAAUUGUGAUUUGUUUUGGAUUUUUUUUAUCUUCUAAAUGAUAAUAGUGUAAUAGGCUGGCGAUGGCUUUGAGCUUAAUGAUAAAUGUUUGAUUUUCUAAUUAUGAAAUGAACUUCUUGGCCCUCUUAUGGGAUGUUUUGCUGGA